AUGAAGGUUUCCGCUCUAACCCCGGCCCUCUUGGGUCUUGUCGCGUCGGUGCAAGCCGCAUCUUCGAUUGAAUACUCCACCGUGUCGGGAUACUUCCUGCAGGAUGAGACUGCCACUGAUCCGUCGACCUUUGACUACACUGCUGUCAACUUUGGCCUCAUCAACCGCACCUACCCCGCCGACCAAAAGCUCAAGCACAAUGGCAAGGACCUCACUCAGUGGGAACGCUUCUACAACCAGGUCCAGGAGCUGAACAAGAAGGCGGGCAAGGACGUCGAGUACAAGGUGCUCUUCCUCGGCCGCCACGGUGAGGGCUACCACAACGCCGCGGAGUCCUUCUAUGGCACUCCCGCCUGGAACUGCUACUGGGCCGAGCUCGACGGCAACAGCACCGCCACCUGGUCCGACGCCGCCCUGACCCCCAACGGCGUCAACCAAGCCCUCAUCGCGCACGACUUCUGGCAAAAGGAGAUCAAGGAGCAGCGCAUCCACACCCCAGACAACUACUAUGUCUCCCCGCUGACCCGUACCCUCCAAACCGCCAACUACACCUUCACCGGCCUGCAAUUGCCCCACGGCUCCGCCCCUUUCAAGCCCGUGAUCAAGGAACUCUUGCGCGAGAGCAUAAGCAUCCACACCUGCGACCACCGCCACAGCAAGACCUACAUCAAGGACCUGUUCCCGUCCUGGCGCAUCGAGGACGGUUUCGCGGAGAACGACCAGCUGUGGAACGGCGUCACCGAGGAGACCAGCGCCGCCCAGGAUAUCCGCAGCACUACCGUGCUGGGCGAGAUUUUCUUCUCUUCUAGCGGCAAGGAUGAUACCUUUGUCAGUGUGACCAGCCACUCGGGUGAGAUCGGGUCUAUCCUGGAUGUUGUUGGACACCGCACUUUCAGUUUGAACACUGGUGCUGUCAUUCCUGUGCUUGUUAAGGCGGAGAAGGUCGAGACGAACGCCCGUGCUGUUGUUACGUCUGCGACAUGGACUGUUAACCCGCACUGCACUGUGCCGCCGGUGACUAGUGUUUCGGCUUGUGUUUGCCCGUCGAGUGCGGCGCCCGUUACCACGCCUCUGGUUACGGGUUUUUAG